AAAUCAUUGUGAAUGGUUAGAGAAAACUGCGAACAAAACAAAACAACGUGAACACAUGCUUGCAACAGGCCGUCUUCAAAUAAGCAAGUAAUUUACCACGCUAGCAUGGAUAUCUCUUUAAAUAUAGCAACUGGACCACCAAACGCUCGAAAUAAAUCUGUUCCUGUAAAAAAGAAGAGUUCUGCCGGCGCAACGUCUCGCAGUGAUGGUGGCUUCACGUUUUCAUUUGGUGGAGCGGAGCAUAAAGUAAAAGCAAUUGUAGCACGCAAGCGGCCAGUUAAAAAAACACCAACCACUGAUGAAAGCAGCAAACCUACGCAAAAAUCGUUGGUACAACUUUCCGAAACUAAAAACUUAGAAAAGAAAAAUGUUACUAAAAAUACAAAUCUUGCUGAAUCAACAAAUGCAAUUAAGCCAGCUAGUAAAACAACUGAGAGCCACAAGUCAUCAACAAAUUCCAUAGACAAUGGACUCAUACUUAAUAUUGCCACGAACACCGCACCAAUUGCGCGUCCUCAACCAAAGCAAAAACUUAGUCAAGCUGAGCGUUUGCGAAACAUGGCCAAACAGAAAAGUGAACAGACUAAAAACAAUUUUGCAAAGAAACCAUUUGAUAAAAAUGCCAAAAAAUCAACGAACCAACGCAAUAAUUUUAAGCAGAAACCGCCACAAAACGAGGAAAGUAGUGCAAGCACAGAAGAAAAUGGUGUAAAUGUAGCAGCACGUAAAGCGAAUGCAUUCCGCGUAGUGCGCCCUGAAGAUAAAACUGUUAAAAAAGUCGGACUCUUUGCCAAUAGCCCUAAUACACCUGUUAUGGGUCAACGUUUUGUCAAACCAAUAGCGGAACGUCUUUUCGAUGGUACAAAAAUCGAAUCACUCGAUAUUCAUCCACAUGCUGUGAAGAAUUUAGCAGACAUGCUGAGUAUUGUUGAACUAACGACUGUGCAGAAGAAAACCAUUCCACUGGCGCUUGAAGGCAAAGACUUGCUGGUACGUUCGCAGACUGGUUCCGGUAAAACAUUGGCAUACGCUUUGCCUGUGGUCGAAAAGCUGCAAGCGGUGCGUCCAAAGAUUACACGUGACUCCGGUGUGCUGGCUGUAGUCAUUGUGCCCACACGCGAAUUGGCCGUGCAAACUUAUGAACUUUUUCAAAAAUUGGUUAAACCAUUUACCUGGAUCGUACCCGGUGUACUGAUGGGUGGCGAACGUCGCAAGGCAGAGAAAGCGCGUAUACGCAAAGGCAUCAAUAUAUUAGUUGGCACGCCUGGCCGUGUGCUCGAUCACUUGUUACACACAGAGACAUUCAAAGUACACAAAACGAAAUUUUUAGUGCUAGACGAGGCAGAUCGUCUAUUGGAAAUGGGUUAUGAGCGUGAUGUUAAACAAAUUGUGGAAGCAAUCGAUGCACAACGCUCGAAACCAGCAGAAGAUGGUACGAUAAACGAAGAGCGUUUACAACGUUUGUUAUUAUCGGCAACGCUCACCGCAAAUGUGCAACGACUUGCUGGACUCACACUGAAAGAACCAAUUUUCGUUGACAAUAGCGAUGAAGACCCAUCGAGCCUACCUAAAACGAAUGGUUAUACUAAAAAUGACAUUGAAGCAUUAACCGCGGAAGUUGUAGAUGAGGAAGAAGAAGAAAAGGGUAUUAUGACAAUACCAGAUAAUUUGAAAUUGCAUUUUGUAGUUGUGCCACCAAAGUUGCGCUUGGUUACAUUGUGCGGCAUUUUAGCGCAUGAGUUCAGCGAUAAACAACGCUUGAAAGCUAUCGUCUUUAUGAGCACAAUGGAGAUGGUAAACUUCCAUCAUGAUUUACUGAAUGAAUUGUUGACACAAAAAGUGCUCGAUGAAGAUGAUGAGGAGGUGAUCAAGGAGAAGGACGAAAGUGAAGAUGACGAUGAAACGCCAUUACUUAAAGGCUUACGGUUUUUCAAAUUGCACGGCUCAAUGACACAAACAGAACGCCAAGGUGUGUUCAAUGGUUUUCGCGAAUGCAAAUCUGGUGUGCUACUCACAACGGAUGUGGCAGGCCGUGGCAUUGAUGUGCCGGCAGUUGAUCUGGUUGUACAGUAUUCACCACCACAAAAGAUUUCCGAUUUCGUGCAUCGUGUAGGACGCACAGCACGUGCCGGUCAGAGCGGUAAAGCGCUUUUGCUACUCACACCUUCUGAAUCACAAUUUGUACGCUUUCUGGAGGAUCAGCGCAUAAGAAUAUCACAAGUUGAUAUGGAUAAUUAUUUGAAAACACUCAAUGAGAAUGACGAUGAAGCGAACACAAUACAAGAAGCCGCGUCAAAUCUGCAACAUAAAUGUCAAGAACUCAUUGCGGACGACAAAGAAAUGCAUAAUAAAGCGUGUAAAGCUUUCGUAUCGUGGACGAAGUUCUAUUCCACCUUCCCAAAGGAACUUAAACCGAUAUUUAAUAUCAAAAACGCGCACAUGGGCCAUUUUGCGAAGAGCUUUGCUCUGAAGGAUCAACCAAAAACGUUUACCAAGAAGCAUUCGGAACCAAAACCGCCACCGCCUACAAAUCGCUUGACGUACACAGAGAGGGAUCCCGAAAAAAUCAAACAGGAAAAACGUGCCAAAAAGCGUAUGUUCUCUACCACUGUGACCAACGAAGUACGCAACCCCAAUCGGCAGCAAGUCAAUAAGCUAGUGAAAAUGAUGCCAGCUUCGCGAGCACUCACCACAUCAGAAUUUGAUAGUGGUUUGCCGUCGCUUAAGAAGCGGAAGAAGGCUUAACACCACUGUUUUGGAUUCUUAUGUGUUCUAAAAGUUUUUUUAUGUUUUUAAAUCAGUGCUAAUAUGUGUAAUAUUUGUCAACGCCUGUUACCAAAUCGAAAAUUUUGGUAUCCAAAGAAGUGAAAAUGUACAAUAAAAAUUGUUAUACAACUGAAAGGAUGUUUCAUUUCAUUUUCAUAACCAACCGAUUCAAACAGCAUUACUCUCAACACUCAUUUCCUUCUCUUUUGUUCCGACCCCGUCGAAACAGCUGGAUGGAUUUUUCAUUAGCUGACUUCGAUGACAAUUGAUUCAUACUUGCCAGUUCAAGCAAGGCUAGAUAGCCGUUAUAACAACUGCCGGUUCUGGGAGACCGGAAUUAUGUGAAAGGGUUCAUACUCGAUUACGCGAUUUCCGUUAUCAUUCUUCAUCUCCCCUAAUAGCGAAAAUUUCGGAAACCUUAUGUUUGUUUGUUUUUUAAUCUGAACGAUAGUCACAAUUGUAAGGGGUCGGGAAAAAAUAUAAAUGAGAGAAUUGAGAAUCAACUCAACUCUCUGUUGAUCACAAAUUCCAAUUCUCUAGUGUGCACUAUUAUUCCUACAAUUUUUCUCUGGCCCAAGACUCAAACGCUUUGACCUCAACACGCUGGUUCGGGUUUAUCAUUAAAAAAUUUUCACUGCCAAAUCUUCAUCGGCCUAAAUUUUUCCGCGAGGAAGAGAGAGAUAACAACAGAGAGAUGUUUAUUAUUUGGGGUUCUACACUUGUCGGUUCAGGAGCGGAUGUAUUUACAGAAGUUAAAUUUGAUAUUACAACGACCAAGCGCUUCGGACGGCACCAACCUUGGCAAUUAACGCCUUACUGCAUAUAGCACCAUGGACAUAGCUGGAAGGUGCAUGGCCGCGAAAGCUGCUAUCAGAUUUAGGGAAUCCGGGUUUGUAGAUGAGUUCGUGACUGGACACUCAAGAAUCCUCGAGCACUUCGACUUCAUCCCGAGUUUAUUGGGUCACCUUAUGCUGCCGAGAAUAGCCCUGGCAAUAACUUCUCUGCUCUUAUUUCUUGAAGGGACGUUUGGGUAGGAAGGAGUCGCUGGAGGAGAGGCGCGAUGAGUUUCUUCACGGAUAGGCCGAAGUUGGUGGGAAAGGUAGGUGGGGGAGUUUACUGUCGCGGAUAUAUUGCUUCGAAGCGCAGCAACCUUUGCUAGCCUCGAGUUCGCUUGACUUUGCGCUCAAGGUUGGUUAAGGAAUGCUUAUCUUCACUAUCAUUGACAUCUUUAUAUUUUUCGAUUAGAUUAAUCUGGGUUCCUGGCUACAGUGGAAUCGCGGGAAAUUGUAAGGCUAAUGAGCUAGCAAGGUCAGGAACGUCAGUAUCACUAUUAGUAGCAUGGAAACAUGUGGGAGCACUCUGAAAAUUUGAAGUAGGUUCAGGGCUUUGUCGACUCCUAAUUGCUAAUAUAUUCCUAUUCACACUUCUUAAGUAUGUCUUAUUCCAUUCCACAGAAAUGCUAUUAUUACCUACUGAAUCAGCGGGUAGAUUGCUCAGCAGCAAAAAGAGUAAUUGGAUUGCAAAGACAGCAUGUGGCUAAUUGUCACAUUGCGAUGAGCAACACGACGCACACAGAUAAUAACAGCGUAUAAACUUUAUCACUGACAGUGCUUCCUCGAAUCAUUUCAGGGCAGCGACGGCUAUUCAAGGUCUCGUCAGUUUUACGAGUGCGGCUUAAGCAACAAUGCAAAGCCAAAAGAGCAUACACACCCAGGCACUGAAACAAAAAAUGCGACUGCAACAUUUGCUGCCUGCCGUCGUUGCUGCUGUUCUGCACGCGGAGAGCUUACACUCACAUUUGCUGAGAUGAAUGCCCGUGAUGGUUGUUCAUAAACUUUUAACUUGUUUAGAAACUUAUUAAGAGACUUUAGUGUUGCUUCUAGCGCAAGCACACUUGUAAGCUAUGUAAGUAAGCAGCUAUGUAAUACACUCAUUUCAGCCAC